AUGAUUGGCAAAGGUGGUUUUGGGUCUGUGUUUCUGGCUUACAACAACAAACCCACUUCAAGCUUCAAAGAUUUUCCACCUGUUAUGGCUGUGAAAUCGGUGGAGGCCACUUCUUGCUCUGAGCUUGUUAAGGAGAAGAUUCUUCUGCAGAUUGUCAAGGAUUGUCCGUUCAUCAUCCGAUUUUAUGGGGAAGAUGUUACAGUGGGUUACAAGGGUAAAAUAAUUAUCAAUUUGUUCUUGGAGUAUGCUUCUGGAGGUUCACUGAUGGAUUUGAUUGAAAAAUCCAAAGCAUCCGAAGGAGUUGGGUUGGUUGAAUCUCAAGUAAAAAAGAUUACCGAAUCAAUUCUUAAAGGGAUUAAACGCAUUCAUGAAGCUGGUUAUGUGCAUUGUGAUUUGAAGCCGCAGAACAUUUUACUUGUCCCCCAAGAAAACUCCUCUGCCACUCCUUUUGUGGCCAAGAUUGCAGAUUUUGGCCUUGCAAAGGCAGCUCAAGGGCUUACCAGGAGUUCCGAAGUGAAAGGAACUCUCAUGUACUUACCGCCUGAAGCAGUGAACUUUGGUAUCCAAGACCAACCCUCUGACGUUUGGGCUCUUGGUUGUAUUGUGCUAUGUAUGUUGACUGGAAAAAUUUAUCCAUGGGAUUUGAAAUCUUGGGAAGGAAAUCGCGAGCUUAAGCAGAAGAUUUCAGAGGAUUUUCCUGAAAUUCCAAAUGGGUUAUCUAAAAAGGCUAAGGAUUUCUUGAAGCAAUGUUUUAUGAGAAGUCCAUAUGAUAGACCCACUGCUGAUAUGCUGCUGGGCCAUCCAUUUAUUUGUUCUGGAUUGGGCAGAGGAGAUGAUGAAGAUAAAGAAGAGCUAAUGUCUGUCCAUUCAGUGCAGGCUUCAUCUUGCAAAUUGUCUGAGCCUCAUGAUGAAUUCAGAGCUAGCUUUAUACCUCUUCUAAACUCAAGCUUUGGAGAAACAGAGGAAGUCCAAGGGAAGAUAACACCUGUAAUCUCGGACAGGCUAUCAAGUUCUGCCGUCUGUAGUGCAGCAUAG